GUAUAAAUAGCCUUCCAGGCCCUUCCUGCAGCGUCCAGCCGAGCGGUUCUGUCAGGCCUCAUGCUGACGCUAGCUAAGAAGCUUCACUGCAGAAAACAAAAUGGAGGCUCUUUCUGAACAGUUCCUGGAGUUCCACCCAAACCACGGUACCAAUAUCCGACUGGACCACUCAGGAACUCAGGCCACCCGAGUGGAAAGCUUCGCCAACGGGGUUUGUUUCAGCAAGUACCCUCUGAAGCCUGGAGAGAUCUUUCUCAUUGAGAUUGAGGAGAAGGAGCUGGGCUGGUGUGGACACCUCCGGGUGGGCCUGACGGCCUGGGACCCAACGAGCCUAGAGGCCGUCCCUGAGUACUCCAUCCCAGACCUGAUGGAGCUGGGGGACAGCUGGGUGUUUGCCAUCACCAGGAACCACAACAAGGUGGUGGAGGAGGCGCAGGUUCAGGAAGCUGGAGGAGGAGAGCUCGGUGUUGGACGGAGACUUGGACGAGGGGAGGAAGGAGAUGGAGUUCAGGAGGAUGAAGGUGGAGGCAGCAACUCCAAACCAAAGACCUUCUUCACGGACACGCACUUGUACAUUGACUCUGUCCGAAUCCCCAGAGACAAACUGGUUGGCCGGAGCCGCCCUGGACGCUUCAGCCACAUCCUGGACGAUCUGUAUAAGACAAACGCGCUGCCUCCCACAGCCAGACGCAGCAGGAUCGGAGUUCUGUACGUGCCGAGAAGCGACCGCACGGCUGACAUGCACAUCGUCAUCAACGGAGAGGACAUGGGAGCUUCUGCCAAGGGGAUUCCUGCCAGCAGGCCUCUGUACGCGGUGGUGGACGUGUUUGCUGCCACUAAGUGUGUCCGGAUAGUCCAGGUGGAGUACGGCUUCUCCUCCUUGCAGACGCUCUGCAGGAAGGCCAUCCAGAAGCAUAUCGUCCACAGGAUGGCUAUCGACUGGCUCCAGCUGCCAGAGGCUCUGAAGCACUACUGCAAGUAUGAAUGAAGCGCGCAGAAAAUGAAGAACCACGUGAGACCUUUCCAGAUGUGCAUCAAACAACCCAAUAAAAACUUUAUUACAGUUUCAUUUGUCUUACAGAAACGUUAUUUUUGUAUAAUGUGGAAUAAAGCAGAAAAUGACCAGAC